UACAUUUCUACAAACGUGCAUAUUUUCAUUAAAUAAUCCAUUAUAUUCCAUUUAGUGCAUAUAGCAAUAUCUUUCACUUUUUUAUUAAAAAUGUAUAAUCUUUACAUUAUAGUGGUUUAUUUUAGCUUGGUAUUUUUUUAAAUAAUUAAACUAAUUUGUUGGAAAAGGUAAUAGCAAAAAUGGCAGAAGAUCCCAUAAGAUACGGGGAAUUAUGCAGAUUAUGUGCAACAAAAACCUCUCUGGUGAUGGCAAUAAACAUUUUUGAGAAUGAAGGCGAAAUACGACAAAUUAGCAAAAAAAUAGAAAGUUGUUUACAAGUUCAGAUCCAUCAAGCUGAUGAGCUACCAAAGAUGAUUUGUGAGAAUUGUCUGUAUAAAUUAGAAUUAUUAUCAGAAUUUAGAGAAAGGUCUACUAGAACUGAAAGAAUAUUACUAGAACUAUAUAAAGAGAUUAACUCAAGUAGACUGCAUGAACAACCUCCAAUUUUAGUUGAUCAAAGUGAAUUGUUAAUGGUGCAACCACAUCACCUUUUAAAUGAACAUAAUUUAGAAAAUAUUGAUCUUAGAGAUGAUAUGAUGGUGGAACAUGAAAUAAUAUUGACCCAUCAUAAUGUGGAUAUUAACACACAUUCUUUAGAUAGUUUAGACUUAAAUAGUCAUAGUUUAACAAAUCAAGAGUUGUCAAACCAGAGUUUACAAACCCAAGAGUCUAUAAUUAUUGAUGCUGGAAAUAGUCAAAGUUUACAAGAUAGUCAUUUUGAAGAUGAAAAUUUAAGUUUAAUUCACCAACAUCAUUUAUUAAGUGAUCAAUUAAGAUUACAUCAUGGAUUAUCUGUUAACAUUAAUGAUGAAAGCAGUAUAAAUGAAUUAAGCAACCAAAAUUUAAAAUCUGAAGCUCAUCAUAAUACAUCAUACCUUCAAGGUCAUUCAAACAAAAACCCUGAAAUUUAUGAAGAAACCAUAAAUGACCUUUCUUUACAUAAUUAUAAUGAAACAAUGCCCAGUGAUAUGAAAACAGAAGAUAGUGAUAGUGCAAGUUCUCUAGUGACUCAAAAUAAACAAAUUUACAUUCAACCAAUUAAAAAUGAUUUUGAAGUAUUGGACAGUAGUGAAAAACAAGACUGGUAUUUUUGCAAUAUGUGUAGCAAGAGUUAUAAGGACAACACAGAGUUUGAAAAACAUUAUGAAAGUCAUUUUAAAAAGUGUUCAAAGUGUUAUGCAGUAUUUUCUGAUUUGCAACAGUUAAAUGAACAUCUUAAAACACAUAGUGCAGAAUUAUAUUUAGAGAAGUCAAAUAAAACAAGGCUGAAACCCUCAACUGUACCUGUAAACGACGAAAUUCCUCCGAACGAAGAUGACCCCAAAGAAGAAAGUGAUGCAGAUUGUGAUAAUGGACAAAUAGAAGAUGCAGAGGCUGAAGCUGAAGUUCCAGAAGAAACCGAAGGCGCCAGCACCGCAGAACCAAGGAAUGUAAACGGCAAAAAGAAAAAAACUACACCAAAAAUUUGUACAUAUUGCGGAAAAUCCUACAAAACCAAUUACAAGUUGGUGGAACAUCUAAGAAAACAUACUGGGGAAAAACCGUUUCAGUGUGGAACUUGUGAUAAAUCGUUCAGGUCAAAGAUUGGAUUAACACAACAUGAGGCGGUUCAUACAGGUCAAUAUUUGUUUGCAUGUCCCACUUGUGGGAAGGGCUUCCAGUGCAAAAGUUAUUUAAUGGUGCAUCAAAGAGUCCAUUCCGACGUUAAACCUUACCAUUGCACCACUUGUGGUCAGGAUUUUAAGACCAAGCAGUCUUUGCUUGACCAUACCAACAGACAUCUUGGCGUAAAGCCUUAUAUUUGUGAUAUUUGCGGUAGAGGAUUUAUAACUAAAGGGUUGUGCAGGGCACACGAAAAAAUUCAUACUGGAUUAGAUAAUAGAAAGUAUGCUUGUAAAAUAUGUUCAAAAUUAUUCGUUUCAAAAAGUUACCUACAGACGCAUUUGAGAAUACACACUGGAGAAAAGCCGUUUAUGUGUGAAGUUUGUGGUAAAGGCUUUCUAACCAGAGUAGACUUAAAAAUUCACUCCACCCUUCACACAGGCGAAAAAUCUUUUGUUUGUGAAAUUUGUGGUAAAGCAUUUGCAAGAAGAGAUGCUUUAAGAUGCCACAGAAGAUCACAUACAGGAGAAAGGCCAUACAGCUGUGAAGUUUGUGGGCAAACCUUUACCCAGUUUACUCCAAUGGCGAUUCAUAAGCGCCUCCAUACCGGCGAACGACCGUAUUCGUGUGAAACUUGUGGAAAAACGUUCGUAUCUCGAUCCACCAUGAUGUCGCAUGCGAAAAAACACGUUCGUUAACGAACCUUUUUUGAAAACUUAUUGGCAGACCUGAUAGGCCUAUCUAAGUUACGUGUGUCUCAAAAUACUACUAAUUAUUUACAAUAACGUUUUUAUACUCUCCUGUAAAAUUUUUCAUUUUGAUGCCCUUGUAAUUAACAAUGAAAAUAUUUAUUAUCAAAUUAUGCAAGUAAAAAUCAGUAUAAAUGCAAUA